AUGUCCUCAUUACCAGUUGAGGAGGAGACCUCUUUUCUCAGGACUGAAGACUUCAUUUGCCUCAGCUGCUUUUCCCAUGGCAGCUCGGAGCGACUUUGCUUGGCUGCAGAGGGAUUUGGAAACAGAAUGUGUUCCUUAGAAAUAAUUUCAAGAGAGUCACCUCCUCCAAAUAUGCCCCCGUGUGUUUUUGUUCUGGACCAAGCUCUUUCUGUACGAGCCCUUCAAGAAAUGCUUUCCAUUCAACAUCAAAGCUCGGAUGGAAGCGGUCAGUCUGGUCAUAGAACUUUGCUCUAUGGACAUGCUAUCCGGCUAAAACAUAGAGAAAGUAACAUGUACCUCUCGUGUCUUUCGACAAGUACAUCACAAGAUAAACUAGCUUUUGAUGUUGGUCUUCAACAGAAUGCUGAGACUGAAGCUUGCUGGUGGACAAUACAUCCAGCGUCAAAACAGCGUUCCGUUGGAGAAAAGGUCCGGAUAGGAGAUGAUCUUAUCUUGGUCAGUGUUUCAUCAGAGCGUUAUUUACAUGUUUAUGGGAAGUCAUUUCAAGCAAUGGCGUAA